UUACCGUCCCUAAUGUCCGUGCAGUUGCUGUGCUGUGAACAGAUUCCUAGGAAAAGAAACAUGAUCCUGUUGAGCUCCUCUUCUGGUUUUUUCCCACCCACAAAACAGCUCUUCCUGUCAAAGAGCUCCGGCAGCCUCCAGCUCAAGGAGUUUGCCCGCAAGAAUGCUGCCAACGUGCUCUCCGUCACUAACAUGCUAAUGGGCAUGGCCUCCAUCCUCAGCAGUCUGAAUGGUCACCAGUACGCUGCCUGCUGGCUGGUCCUCAUUGGUUACCUCCUUGAUCUGGCUGACGGGGCAGUUGCCAGGAGACUUAAUGCCUGCUCAGCGCUGGGUGCUAAGCUUGAUGACUUUGCAGAUUUCACCACAUUUGGGAUUGCUACCUCGCUGCUCUUGAGAACCGAGAGCCUUCUGGACAACCUCCUGUGCAUGUGCUACGUCCUCUCAGUGUUCACUCGCCUUUGCUUCUUCUCCAGUGGAAUCCCCUUCAUGUACCGUGGCCUCCCCUGCAUCUACUCCUCGGCCAUCCUGGCCUGUGUCUCGCUGCUCUCUGGUGGCCACAUGGUGGUCCUGCGCAUCACCGCCAUGGCCAUGAUCCUCUUCAUGAUUAGCCAGACCUUCUACCCCCAUGACCGCGUGCUGGAGUCCCAGGCCUGGAAGAAGGUCGUCUAUGCAGGAGGCAUCAUCAUGGUGUUCUGCUCUUCCUUCCCGCCGGCGUGCGUCUACUACCUGCUGUGGUCCAUGUCCUACAUCCUUUUCCCUGCCUCCCUCUGGAGCUGCAAGGUGUAGAGGGAGCAACGGCCAUUUUGUACACUCAGACACUAGAAAAGGGCCUAUGCGAUGGCCAAUCGCAUCUUCUGCUGCUUGUUGCCAUGGAGAAUCCAAACCCCACUCAGUCUCAGGCCCCUGGGGGAAGUGUUUGCCCCCUCCCCUCCCCCCUUCAUCUCUUGUCAGUCUCAAGGUGAAACAGCGGCUCCUGAAGUCGUCCUAUUUGGCCAGACUCAUGGAAACAUCCAUGGGCAUUUUGAAUGUUUUGUUUGUGUUGCUGUUCUUUUUUUCCCCUUCCUUAUGAUCUCCUCCCUGUAGAGUAAAGGAUGGGAUGAUUAAGGUGAAGAUUUCCUCUGCAGGCUGCCUCAGAUAUACUGCCAUGGCCCAGAGACGCCCCUGCAUUGGUGUCUCAGAGUGUCACGUCCAUCCUGUCCACACUAUGAGAGAGAGAGAGGGAGAGGUUUUUCUCCUGGCUGUGACUUCUAUGGACCUGUUGUUGAUCUUUUGGUGUUUCACAAUAUAGAAUGAAAAUUGCACCCAAUCAGAAAUUUUGUCGGCAGUGUUAAGAGAUAGCUAGUUUGCUGUGCUCUUUCUGUGGGUUUACAUGAUUUUCAGUAUUUAACAUAAUGCAGACGAAACAUUUUACAUAAACACAUGUAAAUCGAAUACACAAGAUAAUUGGCCAGUGCACGAUAAAAGCAUGACAAGAAAGUGGUGUUUAUUGACAAUGUUACACCAAUUGUACUUGUUAUGAAGCAAUGGGUGGGAUGAUUUUAAACAGAUUAUUAUUCUUUAUUCAAUUACUUUUGUGAACUGUGGAAUAUUGUUGAUGAAAAAAUACAACCUCUAGAUACCCUCCUGUAGGCCCAAUACUGUAUGGGGCUGAACUGACAGCACCUCCAAUGUAGUGUGUGUGUGUGUGUGUGUGUGUGUGUGUGUGUGUGUGUGUGUGUGCAUGCGUGUGUGUGUGUGCGUGUGUGUGUGUAAAUGGUAAAUGUCCCUGUUAAGAAACAGCUGACAUGGCUGCCAUGAUGAAUCUACCUGACUAUGAAGCCACCAUCCUCCCUGGCCAUCCUUGUCCAUCAUAAACCCCAGAUCCACAACAGUGUUGGACUGACCCUACACCACGCAGUCACUCUGUGCUGUGUUUUGUAUGGACCUUGUGGUGAGAUGGCGUGUGUGCACAGAUAGUCCUACCCGUGUGGGAGUGCUUUGACUGUUUGUACUGGACUGUAGUUGAGUGUUCGCUUGGUUUCAUUUCAUGAGAAUUCCGCCUCACAGACAUGUCGUGACAUCUGUGUUGGGAGCAUGGUAGGCACCUCAUCAGGAGAGAGUAUGGACACAGACAGACCACUGGCACUCCACACACAUUCCACUGUUCAAGCUCGCCGUGAUGGCCAACGGAUUUAUUUUUCUUUUUUUUUUUUUACUUUUUGUUUGUGCUUGGGUUCCAUAAUAGUUCAAGAGAGUUACUAGAACUGUGUUGUACUUUUCUAAGCUCACAUGAUCUGGUGCGUAUUUGAUGUUUCUGUAAUUCCAAAUUAGUUUGUGAUUUUAGAGUCCCUACGGAUGACAAAAUCCCCCUGGAUGAACAUACUGAGAUUUACACUCUGUGUAGCAAACUGAUCUUCAUGGGGCAGGAUGAUGGUUAUUAAAGACUCAUUAAUCUUG